AUGAGCAGCGUCCUCAAUACCAUAGCCAGCCGACUGCUGUCGGCCGCGUCUUUUGGCUAUGGACUCUUCACAAUGUUUCUGUAUGGUUUGCUAGCGAUACGACAUGGUUAUUUCUUCAAAGGACUGUCGGAAAAGGAGAAUUUGGAGCUGCAGUUGGCUCGCGACCGCCUCUGGAAUCUGUCCAAAGAAUGGAAUGAUUUUACGCACCAAUUCCUGACUCUCAGCAAUGGUUUCCGAUUCCAUUACCUCUGUAAUGAGGCCACGCCUGAAACGCCAAAACCCGCGACUAAACCGCUAAUCAUCCUCAUCCACGGAUUUCCUGAUAGCUGGGCUGUCUGGCGAAAUAUCAUUAGCUCCCAAUCGCUCCAGGAAGCCGCUACCGUGGUGGCCGUCGACUUACCGGGCUACGGCGGAAGCGACCAAUUGGAGAAAUACACGGCGACAGAGGUCCUGGAUAACUUGGCGAAUUUUGUGGUUGGCGUGAGGGCCAGGUAUGGGAUUGAUGGGGAGUAUAUUGGGGUUGGUGUGCAGAGGACGGUUAUUGUGGGACAUGAUUGGGGGUGUGCGUUGAGUAUGCGGUUGGCGAGUGAGGCGUCGGUUUUGGCGGAUCGGUUUGUUUUGAGUAAUGGGCCAUUGAUCGGUUUGGCGCUCUCUAAUGCCCGCCGUCUGAUCAAUUCGUCGAUCAAGAUGUUCAAGUCAUCCAUCUACUCACCCAUCCGUUCGCGAUCUACGCUGCUCAAAGCCAUCAAAACCCUAAAACCAGUCCUCAUCCAAACCCUCCUCUCAGGCUACAUCUUCGUCAUGCUACUCCCCAUGGUCUUCGUUCAAUACCUCGGCACAGGCCGCAAUUACUGCUUCCUCCGCCUGAUCCACAGAGGCUCCUACGGCAAAGACAACAAAGCCUUCACACCCCAAGACGCCGCAGAAUGCAUGGCCAGCACCAUGGGCCCCUCACAAGCAGAAUGCAACACCAAAACACCCUCGGGAGAAGAAUACCCCACAACCGUGAAAAACGAACGCGCCCUCAGCAACUUCCACCACAUGGCCAGCUACUACCGCGACGGCGCAGUAACGCGCCGGUGGCACAAAUCCGUCGAAACAGUCGCAAACAUACACACAAUCUCCCAAGGAAACGAGCUCCGCCGCGCGAGCAGCGGAGCAGGUAUGUUCGAUGAAAGUCCCGCGGGCGUGCUCAAGGCUUCGUCGACGAUUAUCUGGGGUAAGAAUGACCGGGCGCUGGAACCGCAUUUGUGUCUUGGGGGUAUUUCGGAUUACAUGGUUGGCAGGAGCCAGGUUGUUGAGUUGCCAAGGUCGGGUCAUUUUACGCCGAUUGAGAGGGAGAGUCGGGUUGUGUUGGAGAGGGUUGCGGAGUGGGCUGUGAACGGGGAGAGGGAGGAUGUUGGGAAAGUUGUUGAGGGGUGUUAUGAGAAGGCUGUUGUUACUGUGAGGAAGUGA